ACUGCCAUGCGGAUCCAUGUAAGGGACUUCAGUUUUAACAUUAGAAUGAUAUUGAUGACAAUGCUACAGAAUGGAACGAACGGGACACACGGUACCUGUAAGAAACUAUUGGAAGAAGGGAAAAGACUUGGAGCUUCUGGCUUCUCAGAGUAUGAGGGAAAACGGCAACAAGUUAAAACACCAAAUUUAAGAUCACCAACUUUCAAAAUGUCCGACUUGGAAACAGAUUACAAAAAGAAAAAUGAGUCCCACUCAUUUCAAAUGGACAAUAAACAAUUUGGUGAUGCACCAAAACCUUACACAAAAUCAGAUUUUCUGGAUCCUGUUCCAAGGACAUUAUUCAUGCCUUUAAAUCUCAACAACAAUAGUAAUAAUAAUAAUAGUAUUGCUCAUGGGCCAACCAUACAACCACGUGUACACAAUCUAGCACCAAUAGGACAUGAAAUAUCCGCACUAAUGAAAACUAAAAGCAACCUAGAACGCACACUGGAUGAUUCACAGGCUCAGGUGGAAUAUUUAACAAGAAAAUUAGACGAAUCAAAAAAUGUAGUGCAAACACAGAAAGCACAUUUCCGAAAAUCCAUAGAAGAACUUCAGAAAAAGCUUCAAGAGACAUUAGCAGGUCGUAAACAACUAAUGGAAAUUAAAGAAAAUGAAAUGCACCAACAAGAGGACAUGAUACACAAACUGCAGACCACAAUAAAAGAGCUGGCAGCUUCAAACCAAAUGCAGGAACAAGCAUUACUUGAUGCUCAUGAGCGCUUAAAUAUUUUACAAAAUCGCAAUCAAUCCAGUGAACAUGCACUGACCAAUAUUAGAGCUGUACUAUCUACUGCUCAAAACAGAGAUACACGUUCUAGGUUCACAGAGAGCGAUCAUUUAUCAGAGUUGGUGCCAGAUAUGAUGGUUGAAGCUUUUGAAAGAUUCGUCACCACCAGCCAGGAAGAUGCAGACACACUAAGAAGUAAUGUACUACGGUUGGAAGCAGAACUCAAUGCUAUAAAACAGGAACAAGAGGCAGAAAGGUUACUUGCACAAGCUGAUACAGAAGAAUUGAUAAAUCGAUUGAAACUAAAAAAUCAACAAGAAGUCGAAGAUCAAAUAAAACAGAAAAAUAAUUUUCAAGAUAAGUUACAUGAGGUAACCAGCGAACUCAGCAAUCUGAAACUUGAGCAUACGGCUAAGGAAAGACACCUGGAAGAUGCCUGUAAGCAAGUUAAUGAGCUUAACAGGCAACUAAAUGAAAUAAGACAAGCUGUAUUAAAAGAGAAAGGGGAAACGCAAGUGAAGAUAGUCAAUUCAGAUUACGAUGUAAAAGUUGCAAAUGAUCGAGGCGAUAGACUUGAAAAGGAAAAAGGCAUUCUACAAUUAAGGAUUGAGGAAUUAGUGAAACAACUUGAUCAAGCAAAAGAAGAUCUUAAUUCAGAGAAAGAACACAGAAGAAACUUAUGGUUAAGAGAAUCGGAUUCAACAAAAGACCUCAAUGAUAUAAGAACUUUAAUGGAAGAUAGGAAUAAUGAGAUAACGAAGUUAAGAGAAUUAUCAACAAAUCUAAGGGAGCAGUUAACCACACAAGUUGCUGAGAAAGUUAAAGAAGCAGAAAUGUCAGAAAGGAUAAAGGGUGAGACAAGAGCACGUGCACUGAGUGACGAAAUCACGGAGCUUCGUGAGCAGUUAUCACGUGCACAAGCGGAACUCACAGCCACGGAGAGACAAAUGUCCGAUGUUUUGUUGGAACGAACUAAAACUAUGGAGAUUUUAAAAGAAAAAGACCAACAGGUUGACAGGCUUAACACUCAGUUCAAUUUAACGGAUCGUAAACUUAUUGAGGUAACGGAAGCUAAACGAACACUUGAUGAGAAAUUUACAAAUCUUCAACGAGAAUAUGAUGAUGUUUCUGUUCGUGCGUCGAAUGCGAAAAGUGACCUUGAGCGUACUCGUUCAUUUGCCGAGGACAAGGAAAAGAUUGCCAUGCAACUGCGCCACCAAGUGGAAAUGAAGACGAGCAGUUUAGACACCGCUCUAAAGUCCGAGAAUGAAGCAACAACAAAAGCUAGAAGUCUUGAAGCUAGGCUGAAGGAAAUUAUGCAGGAGGUUGAAAAUCUCUCUUCUGAUCUCCAUUCCCGUGAAGAGGAGGUAAAAAGUUAUGAAAGAAGAGUAUCGGAGCUGAUUGAGGAGAAAGGGAGCAUCGCAGAUGAUGUGAGGAUGAUAGAAGAAGAAGUUGCGAGAGUAUUGAAGUCAAAGGAAGAGAUGGGAGCGGAAUUAAAAGAGGCGAGAUUUCAGGUAAGCCACUUAAUACAAGAGAGAGAUCACUUGUCGAAGGAUCUCAAAUAUUUAACGAAACGUUACAAUGAUGAGAUGAAUAAAGUUAAGAAAGAAUUAAAACAAAAGAAAAAUGAUUUGGAUCAAAUACAGGAAACUUUACAAACAGUAAAAAGCGUGGACGGCAAAGCGGCAAAAAUUGCUGAGUCGAUGCAGAAAGAAUUGACGAGUAAGCGAGCUGUGAUCGAUUCGCUGCAGAGCGAACUUUGUAAAGUUUGUGACAAAAUGGAAAGCUGUGAAAAAGAGAAUAAAUCUUUGAAAAAAGAAAACAUAAAACUUGGCAAGAAAUUGGAAGCAGCGAAUGCAAGCCUUAAAACUGUGGAAGAUGAAUUAAAAACGAAGAAUAAAUCUGAAAAAGGUUACAAAUUGGCUGUUGAGAGGCUACGUAGCGGGCUGGAAAAAGCAGCAGAGCGUAACAACGAGGCUCAACAUUUGAUUGAUCGCCAGGAAGCUGAAUUGGCACAAGCUCACAUUAAACACAAUCUGCAUUUGAUGGAUAGAAGAUUUCCUAGUCAACAGGUUGAACCACUAGCUCCCACAAACGCAUACGGACGCCCAGUGCUCCAAAACACAGGCACAACCACUUUGCAAAAUCUGCUGACUCGUGCUUUAACCACUAUGACAUCACAAGUCCCGUCGCGUGAUGUCACUUUAUCGGAAAUACCAAAAAGUCAAAAUCCGGAACCAAAGAAUGAAAAUAAGAUUACCAAUGACAUUUAUAAGAUGAUCGCAGAAGUUCAUGACAACUUGGUUAAAAAAUCUGGAAAUCCACCUAAAUCACCUCAUUCUGACAUCACAAACACUCGGAGGAGGAGAAGAAAAGGAAGGAGCAAUAGAAGAAACAAAGAAACCUACUCUGGCAAUGAUAGUUCGGACAUCGAUGUCGUUUUAAUGAACUCUGAUACAACCUCUGUAUAUUCUGAACCAGCCGAUUCUUACUUGUUUGAAAGCACCCUUAAACAUGAUCCUGUGUCGUCUUCUCCUUCAAAGUUUCACCCUUCAAUGGGGUUACCUUCUGAACCAACCAGGCCCCUGUCACCAGUCAGCAUGUUGCUGUAUGAGGCAGGAGAUGUUGGUGCUAGUAGGGAUAAUAGGAUCUUCAAGGAGCAGAGUAAUGUUAUUCGGGGGUCAGAGCAAGAGGUGAGAGAACGUUUCGUCUCAUCAGCAAUUUCUGAUAACGCAGAGGAAUUGUGCCGGCAACUUCAGCAGCGUUUGGAAGGGCUUACAAAGAUGGGAGGGAAACUGGAGAAGCAAAAUAAAGAUGCAGCUAAACUGAUAAAGAGACAGGAUCGAAAAUUACAGCAAGUUCGAGCAAGCGGUCAAAACCUUAGAUGAUAAUGUAGAUUUAUAUGUAUGUAUUAUGCAGUAUUCUGUAAUUUAAACUUUGUAUGGCUUUUGUAUUCACUGUUAAUGCUCUGAUGUAUUUCAUAUUAAUUGGUGCCUUUAGUGACGGUAUAUUUUUAUAAUAUGUAUUAUAAAGUUGUGGUAUUUUUACCCUAAUACCUCUAGGUCUGUAAUUUUUUGUAUGCAAACUUUAUUGGAAGCAUAACUGAUAUGUAGCUUUGAACAAUGACAAUGAAUGUAUUUUAACAUUUUUUGGUAUUUGCUCUUAAAAUAUUGUCUUUUUAUUUUUAUUUAUUUUAUUAAGCAUAGAUAUACGAAUGUAUUCUCCAUAAUAAUGCUAUUUUACGGUAUUUAAUUUUGUACUGUGCUAGACUACUGUGUAUAAUAGUUUAAAAUAAAGCAUUUUCAUACAAGUA